AUGUCUUCUAACAAAAAUUGGCCUAGCAUGUUCAAGUCCAAACCCUGCAACAAUCCUCAUCAUGAAAUCGAUACACCAUCUUACAUGCAUUACUCUAAUUGCAACGUAUCGUCUCCUUUUUCCUCAGGUCGUGUACCAGAUCCUAAACCGAGAUGGAACCCUAAACCGGAGCAGAUUCGGAUACUCGAAUCAAUCUUCAACUCCGGUAAUGUUAAUCCAACUAGAGACGAAAUACAAAGAAUCAGGAUCCGACUUCAAGAGUACGGUCAAAUCGGAGAGGCAAACGUUUUUUACUGGUUUCAAAACCGAAAAUCUCGAGCAAAACAUAAGCUUCGUGUUCUUCAAAAAAACCCUAAAGUGUCCAAGAAGGACAAAGUCAUUACUCUUAAUGAAGCCGAUCAAUGUUUUGGUUUGGUUAACCAUGAAACCGGUUUAUUUCCAGGCCAAAACAAUGAACUGGUGUUAACUGAACCGGCCGGCUUUCUAUUUCCGGUUCAGAAUGAGCCAAUCGCAGCUCAAUCAGGGUUUGGUUUUGGUGAUUUUGUUGUGCCGACGGUAACGGAAGAGGGGCUCUCCGCCGUCAAUAACGGCGUUAAUUUUAAGAUCACUGAGUGUUUGGAUAAAAUUCCGGAGAUCACAUUUUACGGCGGAGAUGGAAACGGCGGUGGAAAUUGCUAUUCUCCUAUUUCGGCUCCUGUUACUGUUCCAUUUACCAUCAAUCAAUCUCAAGGGGAAGUAAUAUUACCCAGUGGUGGAGACGUCGGAGAUUGUAUUUCUCCGAAGAGAUUGACGGUGUUCGUCAACGACAUGCCUUUUCAAGUGGUUGCCGGAUUGUUCAACGUAAGAGAGGCUUUUGGUAACGACGCCGUUUUGAUCGACUCCUUUGGACAACAGAUUCUUACCGAUGAAUUUGGUGUUACUUUUCAACCUCUCCAAAACGGCGGCGUUUAUUAUCUUAUCUAGAAGAUGUUGAAGAUCGAGUGCUAUGGUCCUAUGGACGAAUAUUAAUACAAUAAGGGAUUUCUGCGAGUUAUUUAGUUACCAAUUAUAUAAAUUUCUCGUUCCAAAU